AUGUCGCAUACAGUAGAAGAUGAGGAAAAUCCUCCGUUCCAAAACACAAAAUUGUUCGGCUUGUUUAAAAAUCCUGAUCCUGGCUUCACUCAAACGGGAAUUUCCAUGUUCACGAAUUUCCUUCUAACCAAUAUGUUCGUAUACGGACUAACAGGGCGCGCAAAACUCGCCUACCUUCUCGGCGUGGCCACAAUUCCGAUAUCCGUCGUCGUCAGUGUUCGCGAUUCUCAAAAAGACUACGAAAAAUGGAAAGAGAUGCGAAUUUUAAAGCUAAAAGGAGUUCCAGAAAGAUUCAUGCCAUACAAGUGUAAAUAUGAUUGGACAGAUUUCGAUCAAGGGAAGAAUAAAAAUAAAUGA